AUGCUCGCCUCUAAGAGAGAGAUGGGCAAUUAUCGCGUUACAGAAGGGUCAUUAUCCCGACCGCUGUGCCUAGAGGCAAGCGAAAACGGAAUCUUCGCCUACUCCUCCGCACCCACACCCUGGCAACACAUGUCUACACAUCCCAGAAACGUUUAUCCAGAUAAUGCUGAUGGUGAUGAGGGCGAUGCAAAUGAUGAUGAUGAUGAUGAUGAUGAUGAUGAUGAUGAUGGUGAUGAGGGAGAGGAGGAGAAUGCUGUUCUGGCAUGA